AUGAUUAUUAUAUGAAAAUUUCUUCGGCCUUAAAGAAAAAUGCAGACACCCUUAUUUAUUUUAUAAACAACAUUGAAUAUUUUGCCAACAAAUUAUCAAAGGUACUUCCAGAAUUUCAUAAUUUAAAGGUAUUAAUACUAAACGUCGUUACAGAUUUCCUUGAAUAUCAUUUGAAAACUUCGAGAUUUCAACAUCUUGAAGUCCUUCAAAUAGAUUAUAUUACGAUUAACACGGUUAAUUGCUUGAUUAGAAACAGCGGAGGACGUCUCAAACUAAUUUUUAUCUGUGAACCUGAAAUCUUUUACCAUGAUGAAUCCCUUACAUUUAUUCGUACCGUUCGUGAAAAUUGUUCUUUAAUUGAAUAUCUAUCACCCGUGUUUAUCACAUCAGACGACCAUAUCAUUGAACUUGAACAUUUACUGAUGACUUGCCAAAAGUUGAAGCUAUUAAUAUUAGCAAAGUAUAACAACUAUUAUUUGGAUGAAGAUAUAACAUAUGAAAAAAGAAUGAUGGCGUUGGGAGAAAAAAUAUUAAACGUAUUAAUUAACUCCGCUCCUAUUAGUCUAAAU